AUGCGAACUCGAUCGAGUCGGUCAACAGAAGACUUGGUCGAGCUAGACUUCACAACGGGUAGAAAGAGGGUUCAGAGGUCACAGAGGGUACAAGAGGAACCUGAGGUGCUUGUUGCUGAUACAAUGGAUGUACCAGAGGGGAAUGGAAACCCUUUGGGCAAUGGACUCGGUCGAGCUAGGCAAACUCGACCGAUUGGUCAAGGAGAUGCUCCAAACCGCCACCAACAGAGACAAGGGAUUGUUCCACCACCAGUGCAGAACCACAACUUUGAGAUCAAGCUGGGAAUGAUCAACCUUAUCAAUGGUGUCUCUGAAGAUGCCAUCAAGCUGAGACUCUUUCCUAUGUCUCUAGCUGACAAAGCUCACCAAUGGGAGAAGAGCUUGCCCCAUGGCACAAUCACCACUUGGGAUGAAUGCAAGAAGGCCUUUCUUGCUAAGUUUUUCUCCACCGGUCGCACAGCCAAGCUUAGAGGAGAGAUAUCCAGCUUCAUCCAGCGAAACAAUGAGACAUUCGCAGAGGCUUGGGAGAGGUUCAAAGGCUACACAACCAGCAAUGGGAACUUCCUCAACCAGGAUGUAGAUGAUGGCUGGCAACUUGUGGAGAACAUAGCUAACUCAAUGGAAGCUAUGGAGAAGAGUAUGAUCGCACCAACCGGAGCUCGACCCACCACUCGAUCGAGUCAGACGAAAAGUUGA